GCAGGUUCCCGUAAGUAAGUCCUGGUAAUGGGGAAAGACCUGAUGAGUUUGUAUAUCUUCACGUUCAUCUGCUGGAGGAAGGGAACUCCUGAUCUCACACACACAAGUCAGAACUCCACAUCUGAGGUUUCUGAAGAAACCAAUGAAAGAGGCUGAGCAGAGGAAACAUCAAAAGAAAGGCUGAUAUGGAGGAGAACGAGAAAGCUGUUGAUUUGCAAAGGCGAGUGUUGUAAGAAAUGUGUUUUUCAGUUUGACGUCACCCAGCGCUCGACACAGCCAUGCGCAACUCAACGCUGUUGACUAUCCUGGCGGCUGUGCUGCUGUAUUUGGUGCUGGGAGCUCUGGUGUUCGGCUGGCUGGAGUCCUCCAGGGAGGAAUGGGCCCACCGGGAGCUGCUGACCUCCAGAAUGGCUUUUCUACAGAACCACAGCUGUGUUAAUCCAUACAUUUUGACGGAGUUCACCGAGAAAGUGGUAGAUGCCAUUGAGGCGGGCGUGGAUGUCAAAAGCUCAUCAAACUUCAGCAGCAGAUGGGUGUUUUCCAAUGCGUUCUUCUUCUGUGGUACCAUCAUUACAACUAUUGGUUUUGGAAACAUCUCGCCCAAGACUGAAGGUGGUCAGUUGUUCUGUAUAUUUUAUGCUCUGGUGGGGAUCCCCAUGUUUGGCAUUCUCUUAGCAGGGGUUGGAGAUCAUUUGGGCACCCUGCUGCGGAAAGCUGUCGCAAAGAUUGAGACUUAUUUCUGGUGACGCAAGGGUGUGAAGCCCACCAGCGUCCGCGUAAUCUCCGCUGUCUUCUCCAUCCUGAUUGGCUGUUUAAUCUUCAUCGCCGUGCCGACCAUGGUGUUUCAGGAAGUGGAGAGCUGGAGUCUGUUGGAAGCAGGAUAUUUUGUGGUCAUCACUCUGACAACGGUGGGCUUCGGGGACUAUGUGACAGAGAACAGAAGAGACGGCACGCCCCUGUAUAAACCAUUGGUGUGGUUGUGGAUAGUGUUUGGUAUGGCCUAUUUUGCAUCCAUCCUCACUAUGAUCGGAAACUGGUUACGAGUUUUGUCUAAGAAGACUCGUGCGGAGAUGGAGGAGCUGAGAGCUCAUGCCACAGACUGGACUCAGAAUAUUCAGAACAUGUCCAUGGACUUCCGCAUUCCCGUCCCACUCGAUCUCAACGACCCCUUUCAGCUCCAGCGCAGACGCAGACGGAAGCGCCGUCGCCAUCGCCGCCACCCGAGGGUGAACGUGACGGGAUUGGCCCACGGGAUCUCUCUAGAUGCCGCCGCUAUCCGAGAAAAUGGGCACCUGCUGGUUGUCUGGCCUGAAUCUGUGUAUACCCCAGCAUGUGAAGCGAUGUCCCAGUCCAGAUCAUGCUCGAGAUUAGACGCAAGAUAUGAAAUGAGACCAGGAUCCAGGCUGACGGAGGGACCCGGUUCGAGAUCCAUCUCACGGUUAGAACCGAAAACGCAAUCCAGACCCGGAUCCAGAGCCCUUUCCGGGUCUCCAUCAGAAUCAGGAUCGGAAUCGGCAUCAGGAUCCAUCUCUGGGUCUGAGACGCCGUCCGGAUCCUGGUCGGAAUCUUACUCAAACUCCCGGAACUCGGACGAGCUGGAAUCUGGAGACGAGGUCUCUCGGAGGUCAGCGGGUAGUGUGCUGGACGUCUCCGUUCUUAUGGUGUCCCCCCGUUCACCACCUCAACCCUCCCUGCUGGACUUCUUCGGUGAGAACUUGGCGUACAUCGAUGAGUCGUCAGACACUCUUAGUGACCGGGGGAAGCCAGCCGGACCAAAUCGCCCUCGUAAACCCAAGAGGAAGAGCAUUAGGAGACAAAUUCCCCGUUCGCAUCCCAUUGGACUUCUAAGAGAUGUCAGUUGUGAAAUACAGCCCCCGUCGCACUCUCCGACCCCUCCGCCUCAAACCUCACCCAAUACAUGAGAACUAACACUUAUGACCAUGACAUUAUUAUGCUGUAUUAUAAAAUACAUUCUGUCCGUGUAGCUCGGCUGGUUGUGUUAGCAACGCAAAGUCAUGGGUUCGCAUCCCAGGGAACAUGCACACUGAUCAAUUUAUGCCUAGAAUGCACUGUGAGUCACUUUGGAUAAAAGCGUCUGCCAAAUGCAAAAAUAUAAAAUUGACUAGCUGGGUUUUGGACAACUAGUCGACCCACAUGGCAGAUCCCUCAACCGCACUCCUCCAACCAGCUGUUUUAUUUGCUGGAGACAAGUCAAAUAUCCAAGUUGUCGUCUCAUUCCUGUCGUUGAAAGAAAUUCAAAGUUGUUCAUCAGAGUUAAAAGAUGCCGAACAUCUGUGAUAGAGUGUCCGGAACCCCAGUGGUUAGACAUAUUUACAUGAGCUGUUGGCUCACGGGAACCCCGUUGGAGUCCGAAGAAGCCAUCUCUUACCCUCAUGUCUGCCUCCACUGUACUAUGGAUGAAAGUAAAAAAAGAUGCCAAACAUCUAAGAUAUGUGUGUAAAUAUAGCCUUAUUGAAAUACAGAGAGUUAAGGAGAUUUCUAGAUUUGUCUAGAAAUGUGGGUGACUGUGUUUUUUUUUAGAUAUUUAGGCAAACUCGAGUUCACUGUAUGUGGUAUCAAGUCUUGAACCGGUGUAUUGUGCCAUUCACUCACAGAGGUUAAGUUAUUUUGCUAAGUGAUUUUUUUAUAUUGCCUUGCAUUUAUAUCCCCCUUUAUUUACUGCAUUAUGUAGUGUUUGUUGAGUAAAGAAAGUGCUUUAUGUAGUCAAACAUCCAGUUCUUUAUUAAUCCUUGCAUUUCAAACAGAGACAGUUGCUGCGUCCCAAUUCGCGUACUUGUGCACUAAAAGUAUGUACUCAGGGGUGGACUGACCUGUAGGACAUUCCGUCUAAGUCCAGUAUGGCCGUCCUACCAACGUGACCAGGGGUGGACUGACCAUCUGGAGUACCGGAACUUUUCCAGGUGGGUCGCUAACGUAUGGGGCCGGAAUGGACGCUUGGGCCGGACAGACGGAUGUAUUAUAAACGCGAAUGCACACAAUGCAAAGGCAUUAGCGAGUCGCAAUAACACGUCACACCAAACACCCCCCCCCCCAUCGACAGAAAUGAUGGAGGGCGGAUGUGGGCCGAAUAAUCCAGGCCCGAUUUUGCUACCCAGUCCGCCCGUGUAUGUAAAGUUUUUGUUAUGGAAAAGUUUAUACAUUUUAUUGCAAUUAGCAAUACUGUAUGCAUGCACUGGGUCUUACUAACAGGACACAGAAGUGACCGUUGGUGCCUAGACGACACAGUAAUCGUUAGGUGUCAAGAAUCUAUUAUAUUAAUAUAUAUUCUUUGCAUUUAUUAUUCAUUCAUUAUUUCAAAAGUUUACUGAAUACUUAAAUUUAUUGAUUCAGCGAAGCAUCUUUUCUUUAAUUUUAUGAAUGCAGUGGAGCGUCACUAAACUCUGCCCUCGCGCAGUAAGUUGUCCAUGGAUUAACACUUCGAAUUUUCACCGGAAACUGAGAAUACUCAUGUUAGAAUACUAUGAUUUGGGACAUAGUAAUUAUAUUUCCGAAUACUAUUUAGGACGGAUGGUAUGCGAAUUAGGACGCAGCAAGUGUGAAAAGUGAGAGGCACUUCUGUCACAAUAAAGUCUGGGGGAGUUUGAGGAUCCAAUGGAGUUACAAGGUUUAGUCACGAGUUCUUUGUAAUACAUUUAAUUGGUUAAAUAUUUGUAUUAUAUUCAGGCCCGGUACAAGGCUGGCUCGAAUGGGAGGGGCAAUCAUAUAUUCUGGUUGGGCAGAUAUAGUCGUAGGUCAUUGCAUGCGUUUUCUUCCUGCUGAUUCAAUUGACAGAUAAUUAUUUAAUAGAUCAUAAGUAUUUAUUAAGUAUUUAAUAAUUAUUAUUUUGUUUUAUUAUUAUUUCAUUCUCAGCUGGAUAUCUCCUCGUACUCGCCUUCAUGUGUAUGAAUUUAAUUAGACAAAAAAACAUUUCCCUCUACUGCAGAUCUA